AUGACUAUCUUCAUCGCAUCUCUGUUUUUACCACAAACGGUCAAUUUCCACGUUGAUGGUCAUCACAAUAGCAACAGCCUGCGAGGCAGCCGCUACCCUAGCUUUUCCCAUUUCCCCUUUAGUUCAAGAUUCCCUCGCGACUCCAUCAAUACCGCGUCUAAUACCCCUGCUAGCCUAUUCGAGCCACCCAAGGUUCCUCAAACUCCCACUCUGACCGGUGGCAAAGCCGAUCAUGAACACAUUUUCUCUCAUGCCAUCGCCGAAACCGGGAAGAAGCCAUCCGAAGCUCAGCUCCUCACUGAUAGUGAGUUUCCUUCCCCAAAAUGGGGCUACACAACUUCUUUGAAUCAGCCAAAGCCCCAAACUACCGCUACACCGUCCCCUUCAAUCUUGAAACAUGCAGACCCUCUCUUUCCCCAACCACUGCCGACGGAUGAGCGAACCAAGACUGUUCCGCAGCUUAUACGCCAGGAACCAACUAGAGAACAGUCAUUUUCCAGUGCAGAAUGGACAGUCGAGCGGGCCGAGCAAGGAAACGGUGGAUUACGAAACGCUGUUCGUGCCGCAUCAGACGCCGGUUACCUGGAAAAUCAGAUAUGGGUAGGCACGCUUGGGAUGCCAACGGAUGCACUGAUCCAAGACAUGAAGGAUAGCAUUGCUAAGAAGAUGGAGGAAGAGUAUGGCUCGUUGACUGUGUAUGUCAACGAUAGCGAUUUCGAUGGGCACUAUACUCAUUUCUGCAAAACAAUCCUCUGGCCGGUGUUACACUAUCAGAUUCCCGACAAUCCAAAGAGCAAAGCUUAUGAGGAUCAUUCCUGGAUCUACUACGUCAAGGUUAAUCAGGAGUUUGCCGAAUGCAUUGCUAGGAACUGGAAGAAGGGAGAUUCGGUAUGGAUCCACGACUACCACUUGCUACUCGUGCCGGCCAUGUUGCGCAAGCUAUUACCCGAAGGAGCAGAUGCCAAGAUUGGGUUUUUCUUGCACAUUGCUUUCCCAUCAUCCGAGGUGUUCAGAUGCCUUGCACCUCGCAAGCAGCUCCUUGAAGGCAUGCUCGGGUCAAAUCUGAUCGGCUUCCAGUCCGACGAAUACUGCCGGCAUUUCCUACAAACCUGUAGUCGUAUUCUUUGUGUUGAGGCUACCAAUGAAGGCGUACAGCUGGAGGACCGAUUUGUUAAUGUGGGCAAAUUCCCUAUUGGCAUCGAUCCCGCCUCCUUGGAGAAGAGACGUAAUGCCGGCGAUGUCGAUCAGUGGGCCAAGAUGAUAUCUCAGAGGUAUGCAGGGAAGAAACUUAUCGUAUCUCGAGACAAAAUGGAUCAAAUUAGGGGCAUACGCCAAAAGCUUCUCAGCUACGAGCUGUUUCUUAACACCUAUCCCGACUGGGCGGAUAAGGUCGUCUUGAUACAAGUAGCUACCACCACGACUGAACAGCCCGAACUUGAAGUCGCAACAUCGGAGAUUGCUACGAGAAUUAAUUCCACCCAUUCAACCCUCACCCACCAGCCAUUAGUUUUCCUCAAACAAGACCUUGCUUUUUCGCAAUAUCUCGCUCUGAUUUCUGUGGCCGAUGCGUUGAUGGUGACUAGUUUACGCGAGGGUAUGAAUCUGACGAGCCACGAGUUUGUCUACUGUCAGAAUGGGAAAUAUGACGGCAAAGGGUACGGGUCCCUAAUACUUAGCGAGUUUACUGGUAGCGCAUCCGUCUUUGGCAAUCAUGCUCUUCUUGUUAACCCAUGGGAUUACCGGCAAUGCUCCGAAGCAAUCCAUACAGCCCUUACGAGGAGCCUAGAAGAGCGCAAAGAGGUGUGGACUGAGCUAUAUAGUGCUGUUCUGAGUCACUCCACAACAAACUGGGUGAAGUCAUUCAGCGAGACGUUAGACAAAGUUUGGAAAGAGCAGUCGGCGCGCGAAACAACGGCUGUGCCACGUCUGUAUGUGACUGCCCUCGAAGAGCGGUACAAGAAAUCCUGCCGCCGCUUCAUUAUUGUUGACUACGAGGGUACUUUGGCAGCCUGGGGUUCUCCGAAUAACAUCAUCCUAACCACACCGCAGCGAGCCAUCAGCGUUCUUAAUGACUUAACCGAGGACCCCAAGAACGUUGUCUACGUUAUGAGCUCGAGGAUGCCGCAAGAGAUGGAGAGGCUCUUCCAACGCGUAACGAACUUGGGUCUCAUCGCAGAGAAUGGAUGUUAUGUGCGAGAACCAAACGCAGAAGAGUGGGCCACGUUGGUCGACGAGGAUAAAACGCAAAUCUGGAAAGAAGCUGUAUCCCAGAUACUUUGCUAUUUUCAGGAGCGCACUGAAGGGAGUUGGGUCGAGCAGCUUCACUGUUCCUUUAUAUUCCACUAUGAAAAGGCGGAGGACGAAGCGGCGGCGGCUCGGCUAGCUUCAGAAUGUGCUGACCAGAUCAACGAUGCCUGUUCAAACCAGGGAGUUCAUGCAGUUCGCAUUGAACGAGCCAUCGUGGUGGAGACGACUACACCAAACAAGGGUUCUGCUGCUGAACUGGUGUGGUCAAAUUACCUGGAAAAGGGUGAAAAUGAUCCUGAGUUCUACCGGCCGGACUUCCUCCUUGUCAUUGGGGAUGACCGGGAAGAUGAGCCCGUCUUCCGUUGGGCGAACAGUCUCGAAAGCUCCAAAGCCGUGGAUUUCGCUAAGACUGUCACCCUUGGCUCAAGGAGCACUGAGGCGAAGGCCACGCUGAAGCAGGGUGUGACUGGUGAGUCCAUAUUCCCCAGGAACGCCCCUUCUCCAUGCUUCCUUUCUGCUUCCCGUGUUCCUAGGAAAAUUGUGCGACUGACUUGA